AUGUCCUUGAAAGAUUUUGUGAAUUUAUAGAAGAUAGGUGAGGGCUCUUACUCAAGUGUCCAUAAAGUAAGAAGGAUCUCAGAUAACUAAGAAUACGCCCUCAAAAAGGUUAAAUUAUCUGGUUUAAGCGAAAAAGAGAAAGAUAACGCUCUUAAUGAGAUAAGAAUAUUAGCAAGUAUAGCUCAUCCAAACAUGAUUGCAUAUAAGGAUGCCUUUUUUGAUGAAUCUUCUCACUCACUUUGCAUUGUUAUGGAGUUAGCCGUCAACGGUGAUCUUUCUAAAAAAAUUGAUAGUGCAAAAAAAAGAAAUAGCUUUGUUCCAGAAGAAGAAAUUUGGACAGUAGCGUUGCAUAUGUUAAGAGGUUUGAAAGCUAUGCACUCCAAAAAGAUUCUUCACAGAGACCUCAAGUGUGCAAAUGUCUUUAUUUCCAAGCAAGAUGAAUACAAAAUUGGUGAUCUCAAUGUCUCAAAAGUCGCCAAAAGAGGACUAGUAUACACUUAAACUGGUACUCCUUAUUACGCAUCACCUGAAGUUUGGAGAGAUGAACCAUAUGACAGUUCAAGCGAUAUUUGGUCAUUUGGAUGCAUUUUAUACGAAUUAGCAGCUCUUAAUCCACCAUUUAGAGCUAAAGAUAUGGAAGGAUUGUAUAAAAAAGUAUAGAAAGGUAUAUUUGAGAGAAUUCCAUAAAGAUAUUCUAAUGAUUUGUAGAAGUUUAUUGCAUUAUGCCUUUAGGUUAGUAGUGUAUAACGUCCUUCUGUUACUUAGCUUUUAAACAAUGUACUUCUUAAGCGUAAUACCUAAUUUUUAGCAGAAUCUCCUGAAGAGUAAUAAGAUAAGGAAAACACCCUUAGCCCAGAAGACCUUUUAAACACAAUCAAAAUGCCUAAAAACCCUCGUUAGCUUAAGGAAAAGCUCCCAAAGCCUUAAUAUGAUAAAGAGAUAUUAAAUAAUUCAUAUGAUGGAGAAAUACAACGCAAGGAGCGUAACCACAAUAGGAAUAUGUCUGUAAAAAUGAAUAGGAUAUAAUCUGUAACCAACCAUAAAUAGCAUUAAUACCUAUAAUAGUAAUAGCAACUAAUGUUGGAGUAGGAAGGAAAAGAUGUUGUUUUACCUUUAAUUCCCAGAUCAUAAUAAUAAAAAAUAUUAGAACCUAUAAGUAACAGCUAGUUACAGGCAUAACAAAAUAAUAGCAAUAUUAUAGGUAGCUAAAAUGAUAUUUAUUCUAGAAUAGGUAGCAACAGAUAUGAAAAUUCUUCAUCCAUAGUUAGUGAUUCCAGAAAUUACUUGCAGGAAAUACAGCCAAAAAAGCGAAUUAAUUAAAAUGGUUCAAGUGGUAACUACAAUGAAGAUUACUCCUAAAAAUAUAAUAGAUAUGAUUAACAACCAAGGUCAAUAAACUCUCCAACUAUAUCUGUAAUUUCUAAAAAGGAUACAGGGUAUUCAAAUCCAGUGAACUCCAUUAAUCCACUAAGAAACAGAGUUAAUUCUAUAAAUCAAAUCAAUAGUUAUGCAAGAAUAGCUAAUUUAUAUUAAAAUUCUAAAAAUCCCUAUAACAACUACAGCGGAAAUUCGAUGCAGAGUGUUUCAAUCGACUACAAUCCUUAAUAUUCUCGUCCUGUUUGGUGGGGUUGA